GCUAUAGAUAUUGGUGAUAUUGGUGAUAUGGGUAUGUACAUGUAUAUAUUCCAACAUGGUUCUAUCUACACUACAUUCUGUAACUACAUGCUGUCCAUGUUAGUAUAAUCUACAGAAAGCAAUACACCAGUUUGAGCUUCUCACUGCACCAUCCAAUGCACACAUAAUAUCACACCGACGAAAAGAAGAACUAAGCAUAAAUGCAAUGCCAAAUCCAAAUCCACUGCUCCUUGACUGUAUAUCAAAACGCUUGAAUAUGAUUGGAUUGGCAACCAUUGUAUUUGUCAGCCGAGAACACCCGAAGGUCACGUGGACCCAUUGCGUCAGAGGUCCGCUAACCGGACAAAGUGCUUCUAGUCCCUCCUUGACACUUGACAAUCUUUAAACACCAGAGAUAUACACACACCCAUCUCUCGGACGACCAUUUGAUUAUACACAAACAUGUCUGUCAGCUCAACAUCAGGAACCAUGCUCAGGCGAACAGUCCUCGGUGCCAGACUGGGGAUGCAGCCGUUGCGAGCUGGCGAAACUUCUUCCCGGGUAAUCAGACCCGCGGUGUUCGGAUCGUACAGGAGUGUUCAUCGUUCGGCGCGGAUGCCUGCCAUCACGCCCUCAGAGGCUCGCCACCGGCCGACUCUCCGGCCUAACCACCAGUCUGUGUCGAGAGUCAACGGGCCGUCCAACGCGAAACGCACAAUCUUCAUCCAGACGGAGAACACCCCCAACCCGGAUGCCCUGAAGUUCAUCCCCAACCACCGCGUCCUGCCGGAAGGCUUCCCGACAUCGUUCCUCGAGUAUCUUUCUCCGCGGUCGACCCUCGCCCCGCCGCAUCCCUCGCCGCUGGCGGCCAACCUGCUGAACGUCGACGGCGUCUCGUCGGUCUUCUACGGUGCGGACUUCAUCACCGUGACCAAGUCCAGCGACGCGAACUGGGCGCACAUCAAGCCGGAGGUGUUCAGUCUGAUCACGCAGACGGUGACGACCGGCGAGCCCAUCGUCAACACGGUGGCCAAGACCGGCGAGCAUGCGCAGGAGGGUGGCGAGGAGGAGUCGCUCAGCUUCAACGAGGAGGACGACGAGGUCGUCGCUAUGAUCAAGGAGCUGCUGGAGACGCGCAUCCGACCUGCUAUCCAGGAGGACGGUGGCGACAUUGAGCUCCGCGGGUUCGAGAACGGGAUCGUCAUGUUGAAGCUGCGCGGUGCUUGCCGUACUUGCGACUCUAGCACUGUUACCUUGCGCAACGGUAUUGAGUCCAUGCUGAUGCACUAUAUCGAAGAAGUACGAGGCGUCGAGCAGGUAUUGGACCAAGAAGAGGAAGUGUCCAUGCACGAGUUCGCCAAGUUCGAGGAGAAGCUGCGCCAGCAGAAGGGACCCGAGGCGACAGCCAGCGGUGGUGCGAUUGACGCGACAUCUUAAAAGCAUUUAUUUGUUCUUUCCUUAUUGACUUCUUUCUUGUGUAUUACUGAAUGGUGCGGAGUUAUCUCGACUGCGCGAUGCAGUUCACCAUCUGCCAGCUGUAUAGUGGAUAAAAAUAAUUUAGAUCCGGUAGAGGAAUGACUGAUAUAUUAAGUACAU